UUGCGAAGCGGCAGUUUUUAUUGUAAGCCUUAUCAUCAUUCGGCUUUCACAACAAAAGCUGCACCCUUUCUCUCGGGCGGAGUGGCUGGCUGUCUGUCUGUGUGCUGCUUCGCAUCAGCUGAGUCAUCAUGUCUGACCUGACGCCUCAGACCGACGUGCCGACCCCCACCACGGACAAGAUCACCCAGGCCGCACGGGAGACCAUAUACCUCUGCAACUUCCGCGUGUCUGUCGACGGGGAAUGGCUGUGCUUGCGCGAGCUCAACGACAUCUCCCUCACCCCAGACCCAGAGCCGACACACGAAGAUCCAAAGGAUCCCAUUGCCAUCGAGAGGCUGAACCUGAUGAACAUGGCCAAGCUGAGCAUCAAAGGCCUGAUCGAGUCGGCGCUGAACCUCGGCCGCACGCUCGACUCGGACUACGCGCCUCUCCAACAGUUCUUCGUGGUGAUGGAGCACUGUUUGAAACACGGGCUGAAAACCAAGAAGACGUUCCUGGGGCAGAACAAGUCCUUCUGGGGGGCGUUGGAGCUGGUGGAGAAGCUAACACCUGAGGCAGGAGAGAUCACUGCAAGUGUAAAAGACCUGCCUGGUCUCAAAACACCCCUAGGAAGAGGACGAGCCUGGCUGCGAUUGGCCUUAAUGCAGAAGAAACUCUCUGAUUACAUGAAGACCAUCAUCAACAGGAAGGACCUGCUAAGUGAGUUCUACGAAGCGAACGCCUUAAUGAUGGAGGAGGAGGGAGCGGUCAUCGCAGGGCUUCUAGUGGGCCUCAAUGUGAUCGACGCCAACCUCUGCAUGAAGGGAGAAGACUUGGAUUCACAGGUCGGCGUCAUCGAUUUCUCAAUGUACCUCAAAGACAGCGGCAACAGUAGCAAGAGCACAGAGGGAGACGGUCAGAUCACGGCAAUUCUCGAUCAGAAAAAUUAUGUGGAGGAGCUAAACAGACAUUUAAGUGCGUCCGUAAAUAACCUGCAGGCUAAGGUGGAUGUUCUUGAGAAGUCCAAUACCAAGCUAACGGAGGAGCUCGCAGUGGCUAACAACAGGAUCAUCACCUUGCAAGAGGAUGUGGAGCGAGUAAAGGAAGAGAGCUCUUACCAGAUGGAGUCAAACCGAAAGGCCUUGAGAAGCGAUGCAGCAGUACCAGUAGCCACAGAUGGACAAUCACUGGGAGAAACCCGCAAACAGCUGAAGGAGGAAACCCUACUACGCCUGGACGUGGAGAAGGAGCUGGAGGUCCAGAUCGGCAUGAAGCAGGAGAUGGAGCUGUCCAUGAAGAUGCUGGAGAAGGAUGUUUGCGAAAAGCAGGACGCCCUGGUGGAGCUCCGGACGCAGAUGGAGGACAUCCGCACCUUCAACCAACAGCUGACCCACAAGGCACAGAGCUCCGAGGCCAGCUCCAAACAAAAGGGAGACAUCAUCACCGGCCUGGAGGACAAGAUAAACCAGAUGGCCGGGACGGUCAAACAGCUGGAGAGCAGAUCCAAGCAGGCUCAGAGGGAGCGGGAUCUGGCCCAGGAGGCCAACCGCCUGUUCAAACAGGAGUUUGGGGACAAGAUUGAGAGUCUGCAGACGGAGGUGGAGCACCUGAGGAAACAGAGGUACAAGUUGGACCUGGAGCUGAGAAGAGAGAGGGCCCGAAAGAGCGAUCAACCUUUUGGCACCCAGCCCACAGUGCCCUCUGUGCCACAGAAGGGACGGCCGCACACGGAGCAAGCUGUAACGCGACACAGCCUCAAAGUGAAUGUCCCGGACUCUGAGAAGGCCCAGGAAGACGCUUCAGAAGACAAAACAGCCGAGGGUUCACCCACGCCCUCGUCUGAAUGUGAAGAUGUAAAGGAGAAAUCAGUGCUGGAGCUGAGCCAGUUGUCCAUCUGCACUAUCUGUGAACAGGAGGAGUCUCUUACGAGGAUUAAGAAGCGGUGCAAGAACUGCAGUGGGGUUUUCUGUGAGAGCUGCCUGACCAACGAGCUGCCGCUACCCUCGUCCAUCCUCCCGGAGAACGUGUGCGACACCUGCUACUUCCUGUUGCUACAGCAAUACGCCUCGAGUCCCACCUGACAACGCCCUAUUCUCUAAUCGACCCGUUUGCUGGGCACAACAGGGACACAUGUAUAAGGGGAACUCUCAAGACAUUUCAGCAAAGGCAUUGCUUAUUUUUUUAUUAUUGUGGUAUUUACUGGCACUGCCAAAAAGCACUUUUUUGAUUUCCCGACAAACUAAAGCACUCUAUGGGGAUUGCUAGACUUAAAAAGGGGAAUUUUAGCUACUUCCAACAGCUCAUCUUAUGUAUUUAUGCAUUUUAAACACUAUUAAGUGUCCACCAAGUGGAUUUGCUUAUAAUUUUUAUCCAUCUCAUAAUACUAAAGUGAAAUUGUUGCCAUGAUCCAUUAAUUCCAUGCUAUACAGACGGCCACUAUCUUUGGUGUAAUGGUAAUUCUAGACCUACUUCUUCAUCAUAUUAACCGGUUCUGCUAUAAAACUGCAAGUAAAACUAACCUUCUGAUGUAAUAUUGAGAAUUUGUCUUUAUUAGUCUCGACUCAUGCUUUUAAAACUGCAUAAUGUGGUUUCCGGUAUCAACAAAACACAAUUUGUCUACUUGUUGCAAUUAGGUUGCCUAACAUGGGCAUGUAUGCUAUAUCAUUGAUAUAGAAUCUGCUGUAGGCCUCUCAUAUUGUGAUGUCUGAAAAUAAACUCAUCUUAAAAUACUGAUUUACAAUACGAAGCGAGAUACGAUUACACUUGACAUGCUGUAAUAAGCUGUAACAUUCUAUGAUGUUUGUUUUAAUGGUAGGAAGAAUAGCAAUGGUUGCUUGACCAAUUAAUUUAUUCGGCCCCAAUAAAAUGAGUCAAAUAAAGUGCAUUUUCAACCAAGAACGAAGUGAGAGCUUUAAGAACUUGUCAGCAAGUAAUCUAAUCAAAUGAAGCUGUACACACUUCACUAUUUUAUUGGAUAAUUUAUUUUUGUUUAAAAGAAUACCCCCUCUUCCACAUUGAGACCAUUUAUUAGGCAGUUUGUUUGAGGCCAGGAAUGUUUAUUGUAUCAUAUGAACAUCCUGUUAUUAUACGGAAAUAAACAAUUAUCUUGGGUAGAGGGACAUCUUUUUUUCAGUCAUCAUCACCUAGAGAGAAAAUCUGAAUUACUGCCUGGCAUGUUGAAAGUAUUAAUUUUGUCGAUUGUUUCACUUGAGUGAAGAUGUACAUCACUUGAAACCAGCAUCAAUGAAUCACAUUAAUCUUGAAAACGUACAUUUGUUCACUUAAUUAGUCCCACAAAAGGUGGAUUAAA